UUGUCACUCUCCUUGUGUGUAUCUGCAUGCUUGUCUGUGUGUCAACAUAUUUGCAUAAGCAUUGUGCAUUUCUGCAUACGUAUUUGUGUGCACGGUGUGCCUUUUGAACACGCACGGGUUUACACGUUGUCUAGUUGCACGCCCGGUGUAUGUGCGCCUGCACUGUUUCUGUGCCAGUGGAGUCACAGCCGUUGCUGCGAGACUGAAGGCUGUAGUCUAGCUUCGGCGAGAAAGGAACCUGCUAGCACCGACCGCCCUUAUCUACCAACUGCAGAGGGCGGCUGCCGCUGCCUCCUCCUCCCCGUGUGUCACGUCUUCUCCAUUCAGCCCCCAGCAUCGCCACCGACGCUGCAGGGAGGACCACCUAAAAACAAACAAACCCUAACAAAUCCCAAACUCGAGGGGCAGAGACCAAUACUCCCAAGCACGCCAUGAAGGGCGAUGCAGGCGGGGGCUUCACUGUUAUAGAUAACCAAAGUUAACUUCAGGAUGCUCAAACGGAAACAAAGCUCACGUGUGGAAGCUCAGCCUGUUACAGACUUUGGCCCUGAUGAAUCUUUGUCAGACAGUGCAGAUAUCCUGUGGAUUAACAAGCCAUGGGUUCAUUCUUUGCUACGCAUCUGCGCCAUCAUCAGUGUCAUUUCUGUUUGUAUGAACACCCCAAAGACCUUUGAGCAUUAUCCACCUCUUCAAUAUUUGACAUUUGCUCUAGAUACUUUAUUGAUGUUUCUCUACACUGCAGAGAUGAUAGCAAAAAUGCAUAUCCGUGGGAUAGUCAAGGGGGAUAACUCCUAUGUAAAGGAUCGUUGGUGUGUGUUUGAUGGAUUCAUGGUUUUUUGUCUUUGGGUGUCAUUGGUGUUACAGGUAAUUACAUAAUUUUACCUUAAAUAUGAAGGGCUAAUAUUUCAAAAGUAGGCCCUGCAGUUGUGCAUGCAAAAUACUCACAGCAGCAUUAACAAGUAACUGUGUGCAAUAAAUAUACAGUACACUUGUUCAUGGGUCAGAUUUAAAAUUCAAUGGGUCUACUGUUUCAGAGUCCAGUAACAACACAGCCAUUGCAGUGCAUCUACAUUAGGGGUUUUCUUUGGUGUAACAACAUUGAUGUUUCACUGGUGUGAAUUUCUUUAAUUUAGACAUGUCCUUAAUUUUAAGCUCAUUCAGAAAUUCAACAUAUUGCAUAUUGGAAGGAAUGUCACAGAUUUAAAA